CAACAUAUAACAAGUAAUAAAGUUAUGGUAUAUAAAAAUGAUGAUACCUAUUACUUACAAUUUAUUACUUGGAUAUCUGAUUAUCCGGGUAUUAUUUGGAUACACCUAGCUGAGUAUUAUUAA